AUGCCUACCCGCGACGUCGAACGAUACAACAAGGCGGUCAGGUGGAACAUCGGCUCCUUGCUGACGAAGUGCGAACACUACAGCAACCUAAGGGGUAUCGAGCUCGCUCUGUACGUCUCCUUCCCCGAAGAUGGAGGCUUUGUUUCGUACGACUCGGCCAACCUGAGCUGGCGUCAAGACAUCGAAGCCAAGAAAGCCCACACACCUCCGACCCUUCUCCUGUUGGAGCCCCUGGUGAGGUCGAUUGGUCACAAGGUGACGGGAUUCCGUUUCGAGCAGAGUAGAGGACGUUGUCCGAGGUGGAACAUGAUGGACAGAGCUGGGCAGCUGGCGACAGAGUCCAGAUCCGAGGGCCUCGAAGAAGCUGACGACGUCCCUGUCCCGGGCUUGUCCAAUGGCGAGGGGGCAGACGGACAAUUCCUCUACAGUACGGAGUUCGUGUUGCACUGGAAGGCGAUGUUGCACACGUUGAAGCUCAGGAUGCGGGUCGAGCCUUUCCCGAUCAUCUCCUCGGCGUCGCCUUCCCAGCGUCAGGUGUGGUCCUUAAUCGCGGGCCCAAAACAUUGGGACGAACUCAGCGACCUCUUGAGGGAGCCCGUUAUCUCAUACAUCGCAGAGCGCGAUCUCUCCCGUUAUCUGUCUUUGAAGCAGAUCUUCCUCGGCAUACGCCCUUUGAACAACAUCACCUGGCUCGACCUCAUCACAACCGUCGUCUUCGUUUCCGCCAAUGCCGUGGCCAUAAGCUACGGCGUCCAGGAUAUCGCAGGCUUUAUCCGCCGCUCAGAUGUCUUGUCAGUGGUCAACAUGGCACCGCUGCUUCUUGGAACCCGGAUGAACCCGAUCGCGAGUGGCUGCGGGCUCAGCCUACCAACAUAUGUCGCGAUGCACCGUUGGCUGGGGAUUAUGGCCAUCCUCCAGGGCCUGACCCACGCCGCUGUCUCUUUCGACCCAAGGAUCAAGCGGCUUCGGGAAGCUGAGUGA